GUUGCGUGCGAGGGGGGCGACGUAAGGGCGCUCCGCGAGCCCGUCUCUCCUCGAAUGAAAGGAAACAACCUCCGGCGACAGAGCCCCGCUCCCAGGCGCUGCCGGAGAACCGACACCGACUUCUUUCUCUUUCCCCUCAUUGGCGCUUCUCCCCUGCCGUUCGGCUCUGGGCCCCGCCGCAUUUCUUGAGGCUUAAAGUGGCAUUCUAAAAGCAAUUUAAAAAUCAUGUCAAGCUCAGUUGAACAGAAAAAAGGGCCCACAAGACAGCGCAAAUGUGGCUUUUGUAAGUCAAAUAGAGACAAGGAAUGCGGACAGUUACUAAUAUCUGCAAACCAGAAGGUGGCAGCGCACCAUAAGUGCAUGCUCUUUUCAUCUGCUUUGGUAUCAUCACACUCUGAUAACGAAAGUCUUGGUGGAUUUUCUAUUGAAGAUGUCCAAAAGGAAAUUAAAAGAGGCACGAAGCUGAUGUGUUCUUUGUGCCAUUGUCCUGGAGCCACAAUUGGUUGUGAUGUGAAAACCUGUCACAGGACGUACCACUACCACUGUGCAUUGCAUGAUAAAGCUCAAAUACGAGAGAAACCUUCACAAGGAAUUUACAUGGUGUAUUGCCGAAAACACAAGAAAACCGCACAUAACUCUGAAGCUGAUUUAGAAGAAAGUUUUAAUGAACAUGAACUGGAGCCCUCAUCACCUAAAAGUAAAAAGAAAAGUCGCAAAGGAAGGCCACGAAAAACCAAUUUUAAAGGGCUGUCGGAAGAUACCAGGUCUACAUCCUCCCAUGGAACAGAUGAAAUGGAAAGUAGUUCCUAUAGAGAUAGGUCUCCACAUAGAAGCAGCCCUAGUGACACCAGGCCUAAAUGUGGAUUUUGUCAUGUAGGGGAGGAAGAAAAUGAAGCCAGAGGAAAACUGCAUAUAUUUAACGCCAAGAAGGCAGCUGCACAUUAUAAGUGCAUGCUGUUUUCUUCUGGCACAGUCCAGCUCACAACGACAUCAAGGGCAGAAUUUGGAGAUUUUGAUAUUAAAACUGUACUUCAGGAGAUUAAGCGAGGAAAAAGAAUGAAAUGUACACUUUGCAGUCAGCCCGGUGCUACUAUUGGAUGUGAAAUAAAAGCCUGUGUUAAGACUUACCAUUACCACUGUGGAGUACAAGACAAAGCCAAAUACAUUGAAAAUAUGUCACGAGGAAUUUACAAACUAUAUUGUAAAAAUCAUAGUGGAAAUGAUGAGAGAGAUGAAGAAGAUGAGGAACGAGAGAGUAAAAGCCGGGGAAAAGUAGAAAUUGACCAGCAGCAACUAACUCAGCAGCAACUUAAUGGAAACUAGGUUCAUGGGACAGAGUUAGAAAACUGGGAAUUGAAUAAGACAUCCAUAACUACUAUGCUUUUUUCACUGUUUUCUAAAAUCAAAAAGGGUUUGUAACUUUUUACUGCCCAACUCUUAGAUCCUUCAUUGAACCGCCUAAAAACGUCUUUUGUUUGUUUUAUGAGCCUUCACUAGAUGGCAGAAUUUGACAUGUUGCUAUUACGUAGCUGUAGUUUGCAGUUUCUGGGAAGCAAUUGAAACACUAUUAACCCUGUGUUUAGUGUCGACAGUUAAAGCAGACAUUGAAAUGAAGUAAGCUAUAUUUCUGGACUGAACAAAGUUCUACUGUUUAGAGUGUCUAAGUUUGUUUAGUGGAUUCAUACUCAAGGGAGAGCAUAAGCAAAUUUCACUUUACAGUGCAAACACGCCUCUGGUGGCGACACAUGGGAAUUUGUGCUUUUUUUUUUUUUUGCUUUUUUUUUUUUCCACACUCAAGUAAUGGAUACUAGAAAUGAAGAGAACCUUCUUUUUCUCUUGGCUUUGACAGCACAUGCUAAAAAUCUCUUCCAAGAAGUGUGCUAAAGCUUUUCAUUUCGUCCCUGUUAAAGUUGUUCUCACUGACCAGCAUGCACUCGGGCAACUGGUGAUAAGUUAUGAGCUCCGGUGCGCCUCUGCCAAACUUCUCUUGACAGUAAACCUCUUCUCUUAUGUCAUACAAAGAACUUCUAGCAAAAUUAUUGGAUCCUCUCAAGUUGAAACUAACAUUUGGCAACAGCAAAUUGAACCUCUUUAAGAUGUAAAGGGUUACCACUCACUAAGGACUUCAGCCACCAUGUCGGAAAUCGGUUCCUCUCAAGUGCCGUGUGGUGUGGAACACUUCAUAUAUUGGCCCAGAGUAUGUAAGGAGGUCUCAUGUGCUGUAGGAGUCAAAAACAGCCUGCAGAAAACAGUAUUUAUUUUUAAUUUUGUGACCACUAUUUUAAAAAAAAAUUAUUUAAUAUUUUUAAUGUUUUCGUUCAUUGCUUUGCUUAUCUAUCAAAUAGGCUUUCGUGCCCUCCUUUUCUUCUGGUAGGGCCUGGUGUUGUUUUUUCAAUCAUCGAAGUUGUUUUUCGAAGCCUAAGAACCCAGCUGUUUAGAAAGGAUUUUCACACUGGCAUUCCCAGCUCGUGAUAUUUUCUCCCACUUACCUGCUGAAGCACAUUUAUAUAUUUCUUUAUGGCAAAACCAAAAAACUUUAGUUGUGGUCUGCCUAAUAUUACCAUAGCACCUCAAUAUUCAAAGGUAGGGCUUCUGAUUUCUGAAUUAUUAGUUAACCUACCACAUUAAAGCAAAUUAGCAAACAAGAAAUACCGUGUUAACUUGACUGUGCAUCGAGAUAUUCUGCAGCUUAUGGAAAAGCAUUUUUAAAAUGUAACAGGUGGAAAAUUACACUGUGCUUAAUGACUGAUUUUUUUUUUUUUUUAACCGCUAGUCCCUUAAGGUCACAUUUGUCGAGUGUGUAUUCACUUAAGUCAAGGGACUUGAUGAUUGCUUUAUUUUAACCAUCUUUUAUUAUUUUUAGAAGGAAACUAGCUUUAGUGGGGUUGCCCUAUAUGUUUUUCUCCUUUUGCUCUAAAUAUGCCAUUGGGUGGUUUUUUUUUUUUUUUUUUUUUUUUUAUGUUGUGUGUAUGUGAUGAAUUUUCAAAAUUCACCAUGACUUGAAGUGCAACGACAGAUCUAGAUGUUUGUUUACCAAGCUAUGUGACUUUUCCCAAAGGAUCUGUACUUUAUUUCCUUACAACAGCUUGAAACCUGUUAUUUUAAAUCUUUGAAUCACUGUGUCUUGAUCAUUUUUACAUGGUGUGCCAUACACUUACCCACGGAACAAUAGAGCACCUUCAUUUUUGGACAACUACUGUAAUGAUGUUCUUAGGAAAAAUGGAAGGUGCUGGGGUAAAAAUGGCCAGUCGAUGAUCAUAUCAUGGACUUCAAAUACUUAGCUGUCAGUCGCUGGAUUUGCUAUGUAAUCAAGUGUAUACCUUUGUAUGGGUGUCUUCAACCCUUUCUCUGCCACUAGCAACCAGAAUAGCACUUUACCUUUUGGUUGGCUAGAAUAAGUGGCUGGCUACCUAUCUUUCUCACUGUGGUGUGAUUGGCUAAACAGUCUUUCAUUAAAAGUUGAAAUGAAAUGUAAAUUGAAGUCACAUGAAAAAUCACCUUUGGUUGUAAACCUCCGAUACUUUGAUUCUCCAUCCAUGUCUUCGUCACAUGCUGAGUAAAAAGUGCCUUACAAUGUAAAAAUUGUACAGUACUUAUGUUCCCAAGUAGCAGCAUCAUCUUCUGGGUAGUAAUUACAUUGUGGUAUGAAUAUUUAGAAAAAUGGACCUCAGCAGUGUAUUUACUGUUCAUCUCUUAAGUCCUUAACCGUAGUUUUAAUAAGCAUGACAUUAUUUGAUAAGUAUAUAACACGUACGUCAUUUCAAAAAAUACUGCCAUGACUGUCUUUUACGCAUAUUUUAGCUUGAAAUUUUGAAGCGUCUUUUCUUUCCUUUUUUUUCCCCUCUGUUUUGUUUUGUUUUCGUUAUUGAUAUUCAACAGUGUAAUCUUUGCAAGCGUAUAUUGAAGAUUAUUCUGGAGCAUUUAUUGCCUUACCAGAACUGUUAGUAAGAAAUGUUCUUUAGAGUAGAAAGAUAGACUUGAGUUUCUAUACUUUAAUAAGAGCUCUUUGUUCCUGGGGGGAGGGGGAGGGGGUGUGAAUUUUACUUUUCAUCUCAAUUUAUUAAAAACCCACAGCUGAAAUACAUUUUAUUUCAAAGAUCAGCAAUUUUAGAAUUUCAGAUAGUACUUGCUCAGGAGUACGUGCUACUCAAGAUAUUAAGAGAAUAACAAGAUAUGUAGAUCUACUGUUGAAUCAGAAUCUAUGUACUUGAACAAAUGUGUGAAUCUUAAAUAUCUCAAAGAAAAAGAAAAGUGUUCUAGAAUGUUGUUGCUUUUUUGAAAAGCACUAAAGGUUAGACCAAGGUAUACAGUUUUGUUCUAACAGACAUUUAGGUUAACUGUAAAGAUAAGGAAUGCAUUAUGGGUCAAAAUCAAACAUUCCUCUCAUGUUAUGUAUAUUUUGUUCCUGUUAUAUUGGCUUUAUUUUCAAAAUUGUAGUUUGUAGUAUUAGUUUCCUUUUAUUGGUAUUCUUGCAUAUACUAUUCAUUCAAUAAAUGAGUUAUGACUUUCA